GUUAUGUUGACAUUUGCCUUUUAAAUCCUUCAACAACGCAAAAACAAAACAAUAAAAAAAUUCUAAAUUUUAUUUUACACGAGUUGUUAAUGAACAUAUUAUAGGAUUUACUUGAAUAAUUAUUUUAAAAUGUGGCCUAUGGAAUCGUUAGAUAUUGAAAAAGAGUUUUUUUUCUAUUACAAAUACAGGAGUGAAAAUAUUGUGUUUUUUUCUAAUUUUUAAGUGAUGAUGAUCAAUGAAAGAUUUCUCUAUCUCUAAAAGAGAAUACUUAUGUUUAAUUUUUCUGUAUUUUUAACAACUCCAAUUAAUUGUAUUUUUAGAAAUUUCUUUCCUUGAUGGAAAAGACGUUCUUAAAAAACGCGUUUCUGUGAAGAAUAUCUAUAUUUUCUUUUUAAAGAUAAAAUCUGAAUUUAGUGAUAAACGAUAAAGAAAAAAUGAGUAGUAUUAAAUUAGAGGUGCAAUGGUCUCCGAUCCAUUCAAAUAAAUAUAUUACUUGGGGUACAGAGAUAUUUUUAUACGAAAUAUCACAAAUUAAAGAAACUGUCAGACCGUCAUGCAUUAAAGUUUCCGAUACAACAACUGCAUAUUUACUUGCCACGAAUACCAAUCAUCAUUACGUCAAGUGUAUUGAUAUUUAUCCUCAACCUGAACCGGAUAUUUUACUUGCCGUUGGACAAGCGAAUGGAAAAAUUGUACUCACAACUUUUGGUCCAACUGCAUUUGAUUCCUUGGGCAUUGUAGGAAAGGAAUUUGCACCAAAACAUGCGAGACAAUGCAAUGCUGUUGCUUGGAAUCCUGUCGAUCCGAAUCUUAUUGUUUCUGGAUUAGAUAAAUAUCGUACUGAUCAUUCAGUUCUUCUCUGGGAUGUUCAAAGAAGUCCGCCGAGUUCGGACAGAGCACAUCAUUAUGGAACGAGUCAAUCAGAUUCAAUUCGACCAGUUGCAGAAGCUGGUGUUUCGGAAACAACACAUUCUCUCUCGUGGUUCAACAACGAGCCGAAAUGUCUCGUUGUCGGUGUUAAUAAUAAACAGUUGAAAAUUAUCGAUUUUAGAGAUCCCGUGAAAAUAGUCAAUACAACACCAACAAAGGCUGUUUACAGUUUGGCGGUAAAUCCACACAACGACUGUCAUUUAUUGUCGCAUGUCGAUAAUCAAAUUACAAUAUGGGACACACGUUAUUUUGAAAAACCAGUUCUCACGUUACCUCAAAAUAGACAAGUAACAAAAGUUUUGUGGUGCCCGACAAGAAAUAAUCUGUUAGGUUCUCUGCAAAAAGAUUCAGGUUCAUUAUAUCUUCAUGAUAUUCAACAAUGUGGACCAGGAGACGAUACGGAACCAGGUGUCUUGGAAAGAACUGUCGUUCCACCCUGGACGAAUCCAACAAGUUUUUCCUGGCAUCCAAAACACACUAAUAGACUCUUAGGUAUUUCACAACAAGGUUUGACUGACUACACAGUUUGUGAGAGGAUUACAUUAAAUUGGUCGACACGUUCACACCUCGUUUGGAAUCACGCCACGAAGGCUUUCAAAUAUAUUUGCAGUGGUGAUAAUAUUUAUAAAGCCAUUGACGAUAUCUCCAUUUUAACCAAAACUCGUGCAAUGAACGAAUAUGGUUUAAUUCCAGAAUUAUCACAAAACGGAGAAUUGGCGGAAAAUGAAACUUUGAAAAAUCUUUGGCAGUGGUUGUAUUUGAGUCAAUCGUUAGUUGAAGAUGCAACCAUUCCCAGUCCGGAUAAUAAACAUCCAGGAGUUAGAAUGGUUUUAAAUUUUGAUGUUCAAAAUGCAAGUAAUGGAUAUCUAAGAUCAGAGCCAGUUCAUCGAUUAUGGACAGACAUUGGGUCAAAUCACACAGCAAAAAUGUACAGAUCGACAGAACGUGAUAAAGCGUUACAAUUGUGCGGUUGGCGAUUUGAAAAGGACACGAAUGCGCCGUACAGUAAUUUAUUUAUUGAAAGACUGGAGAAGGAAGGUGCUUAUCCACGAGCAACGGCUAUUUCUGUUUUUAAUUUAUGUCUACGUCAGGCGAUUGAUAUUUUAAAUCGUGGCGCAUCAAAAAUGUCCUCGCCAACGAAUUUAAAUUUAAAUAUUGUCGCAAUGGCAUUAUCGGGAUUUUCCGAAGAUCGCAACAGUAUGUGGCGAGAACUAUGCUUAAAAUCAAGAUCACAAUUGUCUGAUCCUUAUUUGAGAGCGACAUUUGCAUUUUUAACUGCCGACAAUGAUUCUUAUGAAAAUGUACUUAAUGAAAAUGGAAUGGCUGUGGAAGAUCGAGUGGCAUUUGCUUUAAUGUUUUUGUCGGACAGUAAACUUUACGACUACUUGAAAAAAUUGACACAAAAAUUGACUGAUGAGGGCAAUUUGGCGGGUUUUUUGAUCACAGGUGCCAGUUUGGAAGGCAUUCAAUUACUAAACAGAUAUUUAGAAUUGACAGGCGAUGUACAAAGUUGUAGUCUCAUAGCAAUUCGAGCUUUACCAUCGAAAUUGCUACAGGAAAAUCAAGUUCAAGUUUGGAUUGCCAGUUAUAGAAGUUUACUCGACGCAUGGAAAAUGUGGAAUCAACGAGCGCACUUUGACAUCGCAAUGAGAGCCUCAACGAAUGAGAAACCACCGCAACAAGUUUAUAUUUCUUGUAAUUUUUGCGGAAAGAGUAUAUCGUCAUUUAUGCAGGGUCUUAGUCGCGCGAGAGGUCCUUUUGGUCGACUAGGAAGCACUUCGAAUAAAUUAAAAAUGUCUGCAUGCCCUGGUUGCAGAAAACCGUUACCAAGAUGUGCAAUUUGUUUAUUGCACAUGGGAACUGUGAGCGGUUUACAAAUGACAACCAAUUCAAGUAGAAAUGAAGAGGACAGUAAAUUGACAGAAUUCAAUAAUUGGUUUACCUGGUGUCAAACAUGUAGACACGGCGGUCACGCCAAUCAUAUAACGCACUGGUUCGAACAACAUUCUGAAUGUCCAGUCACUUCCUGCACCUGUCGAUGUUUUUCACUGGAUGCAUCGUGUAAAAUUGGAAUCGGAAUUUCUUAAAUAUGUAUUUAAAAAGUAACCCAAUUUGUACAGUAAUUUUUACAAUAAAAUUUUUAAAAUACA